AUGCAGGUCAGAAACUGUCUGGUUUCUGCUCCUGGGAAGGCGAUCCUCCAUGGAGAGCACGCUGUUGUUCACGGAAAGGCGGCUCUUGCUGUGAGUUUGAACCUGAGAACAUAUUUGCGAUUAAAUGCCACAUUUAAUGGAAAAGUCUGCAUCAACCUCCCAAACAUGGACACCUUCCUCUGCUGGGAUCUGUCUGAACUGAAGCAGCUUGUGACCUGUUCAGGUGAAAAAAAGGAAGAGGGACAACGGCUGGAUGCUGAAUUUGUGAAGCGACUCCGUGAUUUUCUGGGUGCAACCGACGGAAGUUUGAACAGCAGCAACACGGCCAUCUUAGCCUUCCUUUACAUCUACCUGUCGCUCUUUGGAUCAGGUGAGCUGCCCAGCUUGACUGUGACUGUGUGGUCAGAGUUGCCACCUGGGGCAGGACUCGGGUCCAGUGCUGCCUACUCGGUGUGUCUGGCUGCCGCUCUGCUCUGUGCAAGUGGAACCAUUACUUCUCCUCUGAAAGAGUGGGAGCACACCGCCAGGUGGUGCCAGGAGGACCUGGAGCUCAUCAACAGUUGGGCUUUUCAAGGGGAGCUGAUGAUCCAUGGAAAUCCUUCAGGAGUCGACAAUGCUGUGGGAACGUGGGGUGGCAUGCUGAGAUUCUUAGCUGGGAAGAUAAUACCACUGAGCAGGGUGCCAUUAUUAAGAAUCCUCCUCACUAACACCAAAGUACCACGAAGCACCAAAGUACUUGUUGCCAGGGUGAAAGACAGAAUUAACAAGUUUCCAUCUAUCAUGAUCCCUGUGCUUGACUCAGUUGAUGCCAUUUCCUGCACUUGUGAAAAAGUCCUCACAGACAUGACUUGUGAACCUAUCACAGGGGAGCACUACAAUAUUCUAGAGGAGCUUAUUGACAUCAACCAGCAUCAUCUGAAUGUGAUGGGUGUGGGAAACCCUGCCUUAGACACAUUGUGUCGAGUCACACUGGCCAAAGGACUCCACAGCAAGCUAACAGGCGCAGGUGGAGGAGGCUGUGGCAUCACCCUCCUGAGACCAGAAACCGACUCCCUGAUAGUCCAGAGCACGGUGCAGGACCUGAGAGACUGCAGCUUCGACUGCUGGGAAACAAGCAUCGGUGGUCCAGGCGUGCAGCAGCAUUCACUCGUCUCCGUCAAAGAGGAAGUCCUGGAGGUUUUAAACAGUUACUAA